CUUUGCCUUCUUCUUUCCUCUCACCUUCCCGCAACCAUUGCCAUUUGAAGUCCCCGCCUCCAUUCGCCUUCCUUGUUUCCACACUGUUCCAGGUGUUCCCUGACAGCCAUCAUAAGAACAAAGGAAGAAAGAGAGAGACAGAGACAGAGACAGAGAGAUCAUCAGAAGAGCGGGAGGGAGGUGAAGAUGGAGGUGGUCGUGCCGGUGCCGGACUUCCACUUGGACAGCGCAUGCACCAGCCCGUACGUGAGCGCGCCGUCGAGUCCGAAGCGCUCCGGCGACCCCUUCAACUUCUUCCGCCACUACACCAGCGCUCCCACCAGCCCGACGCGCGCUUCCGCCAUCUACGCGCAUUUCAACGCCAUCUCCUCCACCAAUUCGCCGGCCGCCGCCUCUGGUGUCCCUUUCGACUGGGAGGAGAAGCCUGGCACCCCGAAGUCCCGGGGCGGCAGCCCCGCUAAGGACGAGCAGGAGGACGUACUCGACUUCGCCUUCGAUUUCAGCGGCCACCUGGACAAACAAGGGUUGCCGGUGCUCACCACCGCCGAUGAGCUGUUCGAAGAAGGAAAGAUCCGGCCGCUCAAGCCCCCUCCUCGGCUGCAGUACCCGGUCACGGACGACGGGAGCAGCGUGGCCUCCUCGCCGAGGUCACCGAAGCAGAGGGUUUUGUGGUCUCCCUGCCACCGAGGCAGAGGAGGAAGGGGAGAACAGAUUGACCCCUUCACCGCGGCGAUGGUGGAAGCGACGAGAGAUCGAGGAAGAGCGACGACACCUACCUCUCCUUCUUUCUCUUCUUCCAGAAGUCGGAAGGGGUCGAGAUCGCUCUCUCCACUCAGAGGCGGAGGAAGUUUCUUCAAGACGACUCCCACUUCUCCUCCUGCAACCGCUUCCACGGCCAGCCUGAAGAGUGGGGGCGGCGGUGGCGGUGGAAGCAAGAAGUGGCGGCUGAAGGACUUGCUCCUCUUCCGAAGUGCGUCUGAAGGACGCGCCACCGGCAACCGGAGCAAGGAUCCUCUCCGCAAGUACACGCUGCUACCAUCGUCGUCAUCAUCAAUCAAGAAAUCCGUGACGGAGGAUCUGAAGAAUUCGAGCUUCAGAUCGACCGACAGCAGCGGUUCGAUCAGGAGGGGGAGUGGUCAUUUUGCGUCGUCGCAUCAGAUGCACUACGCCGCCAACCGGGCAGCGACGGAGGAGCUCAAGAAGAAGACCGCACUUCCCUACCGGCAGAGCCUCUUCGGCUGCCUGCGCUUCAACCCGGCGGUGCUUAGCAUUUCCAGAGGAUUCAAUACCCACUCGUUCGGCCGUCGGUGAUAUGUUCCUUGUCGUCGUCGUCGUUGUCAUCGUCUUGUAUCAACCAGUCGUUCUACUCCUCGCGAGACAAUGUAAUCAUACAGUCAACGGUGAGAACACUCACUCAUCUUCGUUCGCGUGCUGUGUAAUCAUCUCUCUGUUUGAAGUUGUGCAAGUGAAAGAUAAUUGAGUCAUUUGCGUCAA